AUGAAGGUCAUCAAUUUGGGUCUAGACCCAUCGCUGGUGUAUCAACCAAAUAUGACACCUAAAACCAAAAAGGAAGAGUACAGAAACUUUGAGACGGGGAGUGUCGCCGAGCAUGUGUACAACACAUACAAACUGAUGCACACCAACCAGACUGUGGACUUUGUCAAGCAAAAGCACUUGGAAUGGAGCGGCUGCAGCCACGCCGAGAUGCCCAUGAUGGACGCCGUCAUGUCUCUGGACCAGCUGGUGGACGAGUCCGAUCCAGACGUGGAUUUCCCUAACUCCUUCCAUGCCUUCCAGACGGCUGAGGGCAUUCGCAAAGAGCACCCAGACAAUGACUGGUUCCAGCUAGUGGGUCUGAUACACGAUGUUGGGAAGGUCAUGGCGCUGUGGGAUGAACCUCAGUGGGCCGUGGUGGGUGACACAUUCCCUGUGGGCUGCACGUUUCAAAACUCCAUCGUGUUCCGAGACAGCACCUUCCAGGAGAACCCAGACGACACAAAUCCCAGCUACAACUCUAAAUAUGGCAUCUACAAACCAAAUAUCGGGCUUGACAGUGUCCUCAUGUCCUGGGGUCAUGAUGAAUACCUUUACCGCGUUCUCCAGUUCAACAAGUGCUGCAUUCCCAAGGAGGGCCUCAACAUGAUCCGCUACCAUUCCUUCUACCCCUGGCACUCCCAAGGCGACUACAUGUACCUGUGUGACGACACAGACCUGCAAAUGUUGCUUUGGGUGAAGGAGUUUAACAAAUUCGAUCUCUACACAAAAGUGGCCGAGCUGCCCAACGUGGAGAGGCUGCGUCCGUACUACCAGUCGCUGAUCGACAAGUACUGUCCCGGGAUACUGAAGUGGUGA